AUGGAUGCUCGCUCCCUUCCAGACUUCAAGGUUCUGCCCUUGUCGACAAUAGACCUCGAUUCCGAUUUAAACCCAGCUUCUCCAUUCAGAAACCCUAUCACUCUCAAAGCAUCGUCUUCAUGGACUUAUUGUGGCCCUCUAUUACCUCUCGAUCCCAACAGUUUACCUUACUCCUUUGAUACCUGGGCUGAAGCUACUGUCAACGGAGGUUUAGUGGGCCCACUUCUCUCCUUUCUGAAAUUCGUGCACCAUUUUUUGGCCAUCAACAACCUCUCGCAUUACUGGAUCACGAUUCGAGCUGAGAGAGGAUCUCAUGAAUAUGAUACUCCAAGAUGGCAUACGGAUGAUCUGUUUUUCUCGCCAUCACCAUCUCCAUCUCCAUCUCAAUCGCAAUCGCAAUCGCAAUUGCCCCGACCUAUAUCGAUCUCACGACGAUCCCACCGGACCUCCUUAUCCUUGUCACAAUUCUCCUUCCAUAAUGCGAUUAGACUCCCUCAAAGAGGACACAGUAUGAGAAGGAAACACUUGAGAAAUAAAUCCAGUGGUGCUAUAGUUCAAGAGAAAGAGCAAAUCCCCUCAGGGAUACAAGUCAUCACCACAAGUCCCAACCCACCAAAUUGGAAACUGAUCACGACUCUCCUUGGCCCGGGAACUAUUUUUAUUCCACACGAGACGAGCAACUUCGCACGCGCAAUAAACAGCAAGGCUAAACGGAAAGCCCGAAAUCAAAAUGCUGAACAUACAUGUCUGUCUGUUCGAUGUAUAGGCUGCGCCACUGCAGCAGAAUCGGUAAGGGCUCAUCUCACAACUGAACUUGAGUACAGCGACACUAUUCAGGCUCAACCUGGUGAAUGUGUCUUCGUCAGAGUUGGAGAGGAUGAAGGUGCAGUGCAUUCUGAGCCCAUGUCUCACGGGGAUCGGAUCUUUGUGAAUGUGGUUCCUGGGCAUGAGGCGGACUUGAAGAGCUUGAUGUCGAAAUGGGGCAUGGAUUAUCCCCGGGCAUGGUGCAUUGGACUUUCAUCUCAGGUGAUGGAAAGGAUGCAUUGUAAGAAUUUCGGUGGACUAUGA